CCACAAGUCGCUGAUAAUUCAAACAGAAAUCAUUUACCAAGCUCCGUGAGAACCUUUUCCAAUAUGAUGCAGAUCAAGUACUUGUUCGCCCUCUUCGCUGUCCUGAUGCUGGUGGUCCUGGGAGCCAACGAGGCCGAUGCCGACUGCCUGUCCGGAAGAUACAAGGGUCCCUGUGCCGUCUGGGACAACGAGACCUGUCGUCGUGUGUGCAAGGAGGAGGGACGCUCCAGUGGCCACUGCAGCCCCAGUCUGAAGUGCUGGUGCGAAGGAUGCUAAAUCCAUGAGCAAUUAGCAUGAACGUUCUGAAAAGCGCGUUUAGCUCUCCACUACUUACACAUAUUCUAUGCUGCAAUAUUGAAAAUCUAAUAAACAAAACUAAUGUACAUU